AUGGGGAGCGCCAAUGGAAGCUGCCAAGCGAACGGCUAUUGUGAGGUACCCAACCUCACGCAGGAUACUGUUGUGACACCCCUGCAGCCGCAUGGUGCCGGGUCAACUGCAGGUGUCUUCGAAGAACCAAGAAUCACGGCCUUUCGGUUCUGUCAGCGGGCAUCGGAAGCAUGCCGCGGCAGUGGGCUCAACAGGGAGGAGCUGAAGAUGCAAGGAGCCUUCCCAAGCGAUGCUGCCGAAGACGCCGUCCUGGGCACGGGGCAACCCACCGUCAGCUUGGCAAAAGAAAAUAGCUCCAGGGAUUGCAGCUGGCCCGUUAGGGGAUGUUGGAGACAAGCGUCAUCCAGUGUGGUGGAACAGGACCUUCGGGCACCAGGCACGAAAUCGUUGAAGCCUCCCUUUCUGAUGAAAGAGCCCACAGUACAUGACACGGAGAUUGCCGAGUUCGCUGAGAACAUGGAAGAGGAGUAUGAUGCCUUGGAUGCAGAGGCAUGGCUCGUAGCGGGCAAGGAGCUCGCGACCACAUCAGCGAUAAAGGAGGAUGCGACAGUGCACAUGAUUCUGGACCCGAAGCCGGAGAGUGCAAGAUCGGAGCAGAUCGGAGGGAGGAAGGCAGCGCCUAGUGAUGAAGCGGCACAGCCUGAGGAGGAGCCCACGGCCCACCUUGAGGAAGUGAAGCCGGCUCCAUCGCUGAGUUCGGGCCUUCCAGAGAGAGCCGUGGAAGAAGACUUGCUGAAGUUGAAGGAUGCCGCACAAGUCGCAGAGGAGCUGAAGGAAUCAAAUCCCAAUGAUAGCCCGAGGAACACGGAGGCGGCUUGGCCUCCGGAGUGCCAGCAAGAAAGCAUCCGGCUUUUCCACAUUUCUGACGCAGUCGAGCUAUGCUCAGAGUUCGAUACCGUGGAGGAUGACUGGAGUAGCACGGCCUGA